AUCCCACAGCAGUAACCUGAUAAAGCUUAUAAAAUAACUUGGGAGAAGCCAGUUAUCAAGACAAGGCAUCUCAAAUUGGAUGAUUUUGCGUUUGGAAACUACCUUCAUCUUGAUAAAAUAAAAAUUAAAAAGACCUAAAAAAACAUGUUUCAGCCCACAAUAGAACACUGUGUAAUAAGAAGUUGUCAGAGUAAGAUGUGGAACUGACUUUUGGUGUACCUGUCACGUGCUAAAGUGAGACUCAUCAGGUUACAGAGGGAGAAAAGCAAACAGCUGGAAAUAGCUCUUGUGCAGCUACAGGUUCCAGCCCAGCCACUCAGCAUCAAGAUGGUGACAGCAUUGCUGCUGCUCUCAGCACUGGCUGGCCUCCUAGGUGGGGCAGAGGGACAAGCAUUCCAUCUUGGGAAGUGCCCGGCUCCUCCUGUGCAGGAGAAUUUUGACAUAAAUAAGUAUCUUGGAAGAUGGUAUGAAAUCGAGAAGAUCCCCGUGAGCUUUGAGAAGGGAAGCUGCAUCCAAGCCAACUACUCGCUAAUGGAAAACGGAAACAUCAAAGUGAUAAACCAGGAGCUGAGAUCUGAUGGAACUGUGAAUCAAAUUGAAGGUGAAGCGUCCCAGACCAACCUCACAGAGCCCGCCAAGCUGGGAGUGAAGUUUUUCUGGUUGAUGCCUUCGGCGCCAUACUGGGUCCUGGCCACGGAUUAUGAGAACUACGCCCUCGUGUACUCCUGUACCACAAUCAUCUGGCUGUUUCACGUAGAUCAUGUUUGGAUCUUGGGAAGAAACCCUUAUCUCCCUCCAGAAACAAUGACCUACCUAAAAGAUAUCCUGACCUCUAAUAACAUUGACAUUGAGCAAAUGACUAUCACAGAUCAGGUGAACUGCCCCGCGUUUCUGUAACAAGGCUCCAAAUGGAGCCUGCAUUCACGCCAUGUUUCUUAUUUUGCUUUGCUUUUUCCCCACCUCACCCCAUGCUUCAUAAAAACAAACCAACCCACCAUGGCAAACCAUUGCAAAUACCAGGAGGGAAAUUUAACAGCAGAAGCCAGUGGAGAGGAACUCCAGGAAAGUUGGCCCAAACACUUACCAUACACUAUCCCGUUACCUUGCAAGCCUAAUAAUAAACUUGUUGCUGACCUGCUGUGCUCACAGUAA